CUUGGCAAUCCACCAAUAUAAGAAAGGACACGAUCUCCCUCUUUUCCCAGACCGAGUUUCCGUCUUCGAUCUUCAGCCUACCUAAUAAUUAAAUUAAAGUAAUUAAAAAUUAUGGGGUCGACGGAUGAUCAGAAGAACCAGCUCAGGAGCCGAGCCGAGUCGAAAGAGGAGGAGGCCGACAGCUUGUAUGCGAUGCAGCUGGCCAGCGCCUCAGUGCUUCCCAUGGUGCUGAAAGCAGCGGUGGAGCUGGACCUGCUUGAGCUGAUGGCUCAAGCCGGACCGGGAGCGGCCGUGUCCCCUUCUGAGCUGGCGGCUCAGCUCCCCACCACUAACCCGGACGCAGCCGUCAUGCUGGACCGGAUUCUCCGCCUCCUCUGCACCUACUCUGUCUUGAACUGCUCUCUCCGCACCCUCGCCGACGGCCGGGUGGAGCGGCUCUACAGCUUGGCGCCGGUAUGCAAGUAUUUGACCAAGAAUUCCGACGGCGUUUCCAUGGCGCCGCUCGUGAUCAUGAAUCAAGACAAAGUCCUCAUGGAAAGCUGGUAUCACUUAAAAGAAGCAAUACUUGAGGGUGGAAUACCUUUCAAUAAGGCGUAUGGAAUGAGUGCAUUUGAGUAUCAUGGAACAAACCCAAGAUUCAACAUGAUUUUCAAUGACGCAAUGUAUGAUGCUUCAACCAUAAUUAUGAAGAAGAUUCUAGAAUGUUACAAGGGAUUUGAAGGCCUCAAAUCUCUCGUGGAUGUCGGCGGCGGGACAGGAGCCACCCUUAACUUGAUUCUCUCUAAAUAUCCAAAUAUUAAGGGCAUCAACUUCGAUUUGCCUCAUGUUAUUCAUGAUGCUCUUCCUUCUUCUGGAAUUGAGCAUAUCGGGGGAGACAUGUUUGUUAGCGUGCCUAAAGGCAAUGCAAUUUUUAUGAAGUGGAUUUGUCAUGAUUGGAGCGACGACCAUUGUCUAAAGUUUUUGAAAAAAUGCAAUGAAGCACUUCCAAAAAAUGGAAAGGUUAUCAUCGCAGAGUGUAUUCUACCGGAAGAACCAGACACCACAUUAGCAACAAGAGAUGUGAUCCACGGUGAUGUCCUCAUGUUGGCAUAUAAUCCAGGUGGGAAGGAGAGAACCGAGAAGGAAUUUGAGAACCUAGCUAAGAGUUCCGGUUUCGUAGAAUUUCGCAAAAUUUGUUGUGCUUUCAAUACGUGGAUCAUGGAAUUCUGCAAGUGAACACAAUAGAAUCAUUUCAAAUGUUCUAAUUCACUUUUUCUAUACCCGCUUUUUCUCUUACCUAAAUGGAUUUGUAGUUGUCAGAAUAAGAAUGGAACAAUAAAAAAUGAGCAAGCUAAUGGACAUAGUACAAUGACAUUAGUUGUCCUCUUCAAGUGUUUGUUUGUUUGAAUUAAGUCAAUGUAUACCUUAAUAAAAAUGUAAUAGAAAAAGAAUGAAAUUUGUAUAUCACUUCAUAG